ACCAGUAAUGAUAAAAAAAUGGAUAAUCUUAUUCAAUUUACACAGCGCUGCGCGCAAAAGGGUAUGAAUUACCUUGAAUGGAUUCCAUUUGAUGAUCUUGAUUGUAUUAAACUUAAAUCGCGUGGUUCCUUUAGCACUAUUUAUUCCGCAAUCUGGUUAGAUGGUCCAAGAAAUCUAUGGGAUAAAUAUUAUACUGACUGGAUUAGAAAUGGCCCAAUAGAAUGUGCAUUAAAAAGGAUUGGAAAUUCUCAUUCAUAA